CCGACGAACACACGUCGGCGUCGUAAUAUAACUAGAAGUUUUGAGACUUCUCAAUUUAAAUAGUUUGCCACAUUUUACAAAAAAGAUGGAAAAUUUUAUUACUGAGUCUUUCAAAGACUUACUUCAUAAAAUAGCUAAAGAACAGAAGUUUGUCGACUACAAUCUAGACAUCAAAGAAAUAUCGAGUGGAGGAGCAAACUAUACGUCCAAGUUGUUUGCUGUGAGCAUUAUUGAAGGUUCUAAAACACUGCAGCUAUUUUGCAAAGUCGCAGCCAUUGGUGAGAAGAUGCGAGCUCAGUUGGCGAAAAUAUUCACAACAGAACAUUUUUUCUACACAAAUCUGGGAAAAAUGUAUAGAAAUAUUGAAGACUAUUGUGGAAUACCAGAUGAACUUAAGUUAAAUGUCAGCAAGUACUACGGAAGUAUUACUGAGCUGAACGAAGAAGCGAUGGUGCUGGAGGACCUCACGGCAGCCGGGUACGAGGCUUACGACAGGUUCAAGUCGAUAGACUGGCCGUACGCGAAGGCAGCGACCCGGGAGCUGGCCAAGUUGCACGCAUGCGCCUGGGCAUAUGCUAAACAGGAUCCUGAAGGGUUUGAAGAUAUAAAGAAAAAGUUAUUGUAUGAUAUUAAUAUGGACGAAUCUGAUACAGAAGUUUAUGCAACCAAAAUGAUAGGAAAUGCUGUUAAUAUUCUUCUUCUGCAGGAGAAGAAAGAUAAACUGAUCAAAUAUUUUGAAACGUUAGACCCGGACACAUACAAAAUGAUGCAGAAAACGAGCCGACGUCUGGUGCUGUGCCAUGGAGACUACAAACCCAGCAACUUGAUGCAUAAGAUUCUUGAAGAUGGCACGAUAGACAUUAAAGUUGUCGACUUACAGACCAUGCAGGCGAGAAGUCCAAUUGUUGACCUACUAUACUUCAUCAUAGCGGGCACUGACGAGACGUUCCGCACGCAGUACUUUGACAAGCUGCUGGACCACUACUACUUAGAGCUCAGUGCCGCCAUGAAGAGGCUACAGCUAAACCCUGACGAGACCUUCUCUAGAGAAUACUUCGAUUGUGAAGUGAAGGAGAAGCUGCCUUACGGGCUUCUCCUAGCAGUCUUCGUCUUGCCAGUCCUUACCGUGGAGAUGGAGAAUGCCCCCCAGGUGGACGAGUCCCUCGACAUUGCCAAGUUCAACGUGGAGAAGACCAGCGACCUGUACGCUGAGAGACUGAAUGGAAUUGUCAACGACUACGUCAAGUGGGGGAUUCUGAAAUAGCUGGUCAUAAAUAGAAAUCCUUAUGACAUGCUGUGGAGCUGGACCAAUAUCCGCGAACCAAUUUAUCGUGAGAUUGAACAGUAGUGAUGCUGUCGUUGUAACAUCAAUUGAACAAAUAUAAAAGAACACUUUAGUCAACUAUAAAAAUGUGAUUGUACCUAUAUUAAUAAUGAAAUCACGUAGUGCGAUUGUAUUAAAUGAAAUAGUAUACAUUUUCUGUUUAAUUCAAAAUAUUGAUUCAGCAAUAAAACUAGCUAUUUUUCUAGAUUCACCAGAUCCACUCUGACCCACAGA